AUGCCAAAGUAUUAUUGCGAUUAUUGCGAGGCAUUUCUUACCCAUGAUUCGCCUUCUGUUAGAAAAACACAUUGUACGGAAGCUUAUAAAAGUGGCAAGGUUCCACCUCCAAUGUUCGGGGCCCCCCUAGCAGUACCUCCACCUGGGUUUCCUCCUGCCUUCCCUCCUCCGCUUGCAGGAGCUCCCCCUGGGUUCGGAGCUAGGCCCCCGCAUUUAAUCCAACAUCCUGGCCAUGCUGCGGUAGCUGUGAUGGCUGUAAGACCGGGUAUGCCCCCCCACAUGGGUCCGCCAGCGCCUGUUGCGGCCGCUCCGCUAGGUCCUCUUGCCUGGACCAAGCCAUACGGAACAUAG